GCAUUACAAGCCCUCCCCUGGUUCUGCGUCACGGGAAUACAAAUGUGGACAUCUAAUGUCAUGCUUAUAUUCUGUGACAUUUCUGAGAUGUACUACCCCGGUAGAUUUUGUCGUCAAUUCCGUGCAAUGCAACAUGUUCCUCCCGUGGCGGAAUCUCAAGCUAGACACCAUGCAAGUGGUGCAAAAAAUUCUGGAUGGCCAUUGACACUAUGGGAGGAAAGGCACACCGCUCGUCGUCGUACCGCAAUUGAGUUCGUUGAUGAACCCACAUACACUCCUGCGUACCGUGAAUGGUACAAAGAUGUCGGGAAACGACGGAUUUGCAAUCCGUUACAUGGUCGACCUACAACGAGUUAUGUACCUACUAAUAGGGAGACGAGUACUUUGAUGCAAUGUAUGGGCGAUAUCUAUCGACGCAUGGCAGCUCCAUUUGACGUCGAAGACAUCCGCGAGCAAAUUGCACGAUGCCUUACGGGAUUAGGUGCCGAAAACGUGCUUCAUGAAGACAUCAUUUUGUUUGGGGAUGCCCAUGAUGAUGCAGUGGAUGCUCAUCCUCCACUUCGGCAAGACCUAAGAAAAGAUGCGCCCACUUGAGGUCGGCGUUUCGGGCGCGGUUAUGUCGAUCCACACGUCGAAGAGAAUGUGAAUGAUGAUGAUGAUGAUGAUGGUGACAACGAUAAUCAUGAUGAUGGCGACGACAAUGAUUAUGAGGAUGAUGAUGGUUAUGAUGAUGAUGAUGAUGAAGAGGAUGCCGAAGAUGGUGGCGAAGAAGGAGGACAACCAUCGUCUUAUGUUCAUUCACAUAUCCCUUCCCCGCCUCAUGUACCCUAUCAGUACUCUACACCGAUUGGUGCAUACAUUCCAAUGUUUGAUGCGCCAACGCUUAUUCCACAUGUACAACCAACAUAUGAGACGCGCCCCACCUUUUUAAAUUCACCAGUUGAUUGGUUGGAUAACUUAUUAGGAUCAGAUGCACAGAGCCGAUGGGGGCACGAAGUAGGGCCAAGCACACAACCAAUGGUUGAACAGAGGCCGAGACGGGAAAUACAUUCUCGACGCUGUGGGACAGGGAGUCACUUCGUGGUUCCCGGUCGACACUUUGAAUCCGAUGACUCAGAAUAGUUUUAUAAUUUGUUUUUUUUUUUUGAAAAUCCAUUAAAUUUGAUAUUCUCAUAUUAUGAAGUUGUACGUUUAAUAUUAUCAACUAGUACAAAAGUGUAGACAUUCCUCUCACUUUUUCUGGCAGAUUCCCUGUUGUCAGUACGGGAACCAAUAAAUUAUAAACAGUUUCAUUUCA